AUGACAAGGAAUACUACACGCAACGACGUUACGGAACCAAUAAUGGACGGCGAAGGAGAGGAGAUUGAUGUCAAGCAAGAUGACUUUGAAGAUGAUGCAAUCAAUGAUGAUUACGUUGAUGAAGAUAUCGACGAGGACGAAGAAGAAGAUCAACCAGAUGUGGAGGAAGAAGAAGACGAAGAAGAAAUAGUUGCUAGAAAGACAAGAAAGAGAAAGGCGUCAACUCGUGAUCUUGCCGAACAACUAGAGGAUAACAAUCUGGAAAUCAACGAGACUCAAGAUGGAGAAGAAGCCCCACAAGAAACAGCUGAUAUUAAAGAGGAAGACGAAGAAGACGAAGAAGAGGAAGGCGAAGAAGGCGAAGAGGAUGAAGGUGAUCAUGGAGAUAAACCAGGACCAAAGAAGCGUGGACGUAAAAGGACAAAAUUCUUGGUAUUGGAAGAAGGUGUUUUUGAUGAGGAUGGGAAUCCAAUAAGUAUAGUUAAUGAUGAAGUAGUAAUUCCUCAUGAAGAUCCUAAAGGCAAGGAGAAAAUUGAUGAAUUGGGAUAUUUGAAAGAUGGUAGAGAAUUUAAAAUGAAAACUUUUAAAUUAUUAGGACAAGGAGAUAGAUUAUAUAUGAUUUCUACUGAACCAGCAAGAUUAGUAGGAUUUCGUGAUUCAUAUUUAUUAUUUAAAACACACUUAACUUUAUUUAAGAAAGUUUGUACUCAUGAAGAAAAAAUGGAUUUAAUUCAACGUGGUUUAAUUCCAAAUUCAUAUAAAGGUAGAUCAGUUAAUUUAGUAACAGCAAGAUCUAUUUUUAGGGAAUUUGGUUCAAGAAUGAUUAAAGGAGGUAAAAAAGUUAUUGAUGAUUUUUGGGAACAAAGAGCUUUAGACAAUGGUGAUAUUCCUGGAGAAUUGGCCGAUCCUGUUGAAAUUUUCCCUAAUCAAAGUAAAUUAAGUAGUAUAUUUGGUGAGGGUGUUGCUAGUGGUAGUGGAGGAGGUGGGAGUCCAUUAACUGCAACUCCUAUAGUAAAUUAUCAAACAGAUGUCACGUGGAUGCAUCAAAUAGCAAAGAAAACACAAGAAUAUAACACCAAAUUACUGGAAGCUAGAGGACAAACCUUGACUAGAGGAAUUAGAGAUAUGUAUAGCAAUCUGACAUUCUAUCCUGAAUCUACUCAACCUCAAAAAACGAUAAAGAUUUCCAAAUUAGAAAAUGAUUCUAACAAAUUAGUAUAUGAUAUUAAAAUGAAUGUUGCAGAUUUAAGGCGACCAAUUACCGGAUUAGCAAAAGUCCCACCAGAGAUAUUUGAAGAUAUUGAAGAUGAAGAAAUCAAGCGAGCCAUAUUUGCUCAACAGGCAUACGAAAAGAGUUUAUAA